AUGCCGGAACCAAAUGCUUCCGAUGGCAGUGCCUCAGACCCCAUUGCCAACCCCGACCCUGAAAUUGGCUUCGCGAGUGACGAGGAGGAUGGCGAUAAUCGCGUUGCGAAGAAGCUUCGACUAGAUUCUGAGAAGCUAAGUUCCUCUCAAGAACUUGUGCAACAUCAUGCCAUGGAGAAGUCGAUGGACAUUGUUGAUGAUUCUGAAGAUGAAGCCCCCACCCUCAUUGUUGGGCCAGAUGAGGAUGACGAGGAUAUCGAAGAGGAUGAGACUAUCGAGAAGCAGACUGAGACCUCGAAAGAAGAAGAGGAAUCGGCGGCCCUAGUGGAUGAAGAAGAGGCACUCGACUUGAAGCUUAACACACCUGGCACAUCUCGUGUGGUGGACGAUUCCUUAUAUGACGGUUAUAUGUCCGAUGACGAGAUCCCACCGGGGACAGCACUUCCGGCAUCGCAACAAGAGUCUUCGAAAAAGCGGAAGCUCAACGACUUCAAUGUUUCGAACAAGCGGACAGCAGAGCUAUCGAAAUAUGAGAUAGCACAAGGCAAGCUGUACAAGCAACUCCAUGACAAUAUAAUGUUCAACCUUCUCCUGGUCAACCGUCUAGCCGAGAAAUUGAACUCCACCCACCAGCCAACAGAUCUUGCACAGCUUAAAGAAGUGGUGGAGCAGAUGCAGGUGGAUUCCCGUGCUUGUAUGGAGAAAUACAAGAAUGCGACGGAGAGGAAGAAGUCCCCAAACAACAAUGUUCCUCAUCCAAAGACUGCAAAACAAAUUCUCGAGCGCCUCAAAGGGGAAGAAGACAACGCAAAUCCUUGGGGCACAACGCCAGAAAAGUCCGAGGAACUGCCAGACUUCGCCUUUCGUGUUUUUCACGAUAAAAGCCAGUCAAGAAUCGUUGAUGACCGAGUUGGCUUCCAGUCUGCUAAAGCAUACGGAGUCCUGAACACUGCCGCCCUGCGGAAGAUCAAGAUCGAGCGUCACGCCAACUGGAAGAAUAGAUUCUUGACCUCCUUUAUCUCAAUGUCUGAUAGUCUGCCACACCUCAUCGAGUACUUCAUCCCUAAAUUUCAAGAGAAAUACAAAAUCAAAAAGAAUCCGGACAAUACAAAAUUAACAUUGAUCAAUAUCAAUGCAAGAACAGCAGCAAAAUACCCAACAAUUCCAAUGGGCAAGCAAGCAGGGUAUUAUAAUGUUCGACUGGGUUCGGGCAAGAUCUUCGAUGCCGAGUACCUUGCUCUGUGGGAAAUCACGCCGCCGCAGAUCGUUUGCAAAAUGAAAGCUAACCGGCUUGCUUUGAAGAGAGGAGAGAGGCAUUCAAGUGUUUACAUCGGAGCUAGCGACUACUGGCUUGGUAAGGACUUGCGAGCAGCAUUGCUAGCUGCGGAAGCCUUUCAAGAGCAAGUCGCAAAGCCAGCUUACGAGAAGCAUGAGACUGCGAGGCUUGCUGCGGUUGCUGCGGAUGCCGCAAAGGAAAAUUGA